AUGACGCUUAGUUCGCUCCUGCUCGAGACUUUUCUUCUGGGUAUUUUGGGCUCUCUGGAUAGUGGAAGAAACACUCGUGCGUGUUCAGUUCCUUCCAUCCGUGAAAAUAAUGUUAACGAGGAGAAGAUCGUUCUGGUGAACUUUGGAAAGUAUGUAAAACUCAAUUGCCAGAUCAGAACCAGUGGUCAGAACACAACACUUCAGUAUUACUGGCUCAAAGACAAUCAGCCGCUCACUCCAUCAAAUCAACGACGUAUGAGGAUCCAACUCUACAAAUACUUGAAAAUAAGAAGGGUGGAGAAAGAAGACGCUGGCCUCUACACCUGUGUUGCGGUGAACGACUGCGGAAAAAAUACAUUGCGCUUCGUUAUCGGAAUUGCUCCAAAAUUCACGGAGUCGCAAAGUAAGGCGAGACACAACCUUCUUGCAGUACCCGCUGGCAAAUCCGUAAAGCUUGACUGUUCUGUCAGUGGAUAUCCCCGUCCUACCGUGACAUGGUACAAAGAAGGAUUAUCGUUUGAGGAAAGGAAAGGUGGCAAGAAACUCUCUUUAAGUAAAUGGUCAACCGUGUUAAGUUUGAAGGACCUGUAUCCGUCUGACACAGGAGCAUACACGUGUACUGUGAAAAACCCACUCGGUUGCAUUAGCCAAACGUACAAAGUAGAC